CCACCUCUUUGCGUAAAUCAUCCCCUUGACUAAGGUCUUUGUUUCUUUGACUCUCUCCAUAUCAUUCUCGCUAUCCUUUGCUUCAGCCUUUCCCAAAUCCAUUCUAAACUAAUUUUCUGAGCCUAAAUUACUACUGUUAUUUCUAUCUCAACCUACCAAAUGGCUUCCAGUUCAAUGUCAUCUCGUGGCGGAGGCUCAUGGACUCCUGAGCAGAACAAAGCCUUUGAAAGAGCACUGGCUGUGUAUGACCAGGACACCCCCGACCGUUGGUACAAUGUUGCCAAGGCCGUUGGUGGUAAAACUGCAGAAGAAGUGAAGAGGCACUAUGAGGUCCUUGUUGAGGAUAUCAAACAUAUUGAGUCUGGCCAUGUGCCCUUCCCCAAAUACAGGUCUGCUGGAGAGGGUAGCAAUGGAAACAUGAGUGACAGGAUGAAGAAUAUGAAGCUCCGCUGAACUGCUACAAGCUCGAAUCAAGCACCAAUAAAGAUCAAGAUCUGCUUCGUAAAGACUUGUAGUUAUCCAAUAGGAGUAUAGUAUAACUAGAUAAUAUUUCUAGAAUCACUUAACCAGAAAGUCAGUGAUUCUGUUCGUCUAUCUUUUAAAUUUCUAUUGCACUCUUUUAUCUUUCUAUCAGAGACAUUGAAUCUCUGAUCCGUCGUUUCCUCUGUAAGAAUUACUCUACUUCACCUAUGAUUAUGAAAUUAUUUAAUAUUACU